UUUCCUCACGCUGAAGACAAGGUUCCCCACGCUGAGGGUAAGGUUCUUCACGCAGAGGACAAAUUUCUUCACGCUGAGAACACGGUUUCCCACGCUAAGUGCAAGGUUACUCACGCAGAGGAUAAGUUUCCUCACGCUGCGAACAAGGUUCCUCACGCAGAGGACAAGGUUCCUCACGCUGAGGACAAGGUUCCCCACGCUGAGGACAAGGUUCCUCACGCUGAGGACAAGGUUCCUCACGCUAAGGACAAGGUUCCCCACGCUGAGGACAAGGUUCCUCACGCAGAGAACAAGGUUCCCCACGCUGAGCGCAAGGUUCUUCACGCUGAGGACAAGGUUCCUCACGCUGAGGACAAGGUUCCCCACGUUGAGGACAAGGUUCCUCACGCAGAGGACAAG